UUUACGUGCCCGCACGGUGCGCCGACUCUACCCUUCGACAACCCUGCGACGGUCAUCAUUUUGCUAUCAUCUCCUGUUCCGUCCGGUCGUGUUCAUCGCCUGUUCGUCAGUGUUUCAGCGAUCCGCGUCCGAUUCACAUCCAUUCCGUGACCGUUGCCGGUGCGACAACACUACCGUUUACGUUCGACGCGUUACCCGUUCGCGGUAGAAUUGUUUUUCGGAUCGUCAUUCGAAUUGUUUUGAUUACUCACGAGUGCUCACGAGUUCAACUGUGUGUCGUAGCUGUGCGACCUUUUUUUUUUUUUUACACAUACGCCGACCGUGUACACACACCCCCGCGGCGGAAUACGAGAACCGUCGACCGUCACCAGUGCUCACCAUUGCCGUUCUACAUGGUUUAUGCCUCUGAAACCGCAUCGCGGCAACGUUGUGACACGCGAUGACGUCGGGUAUGAUGAUUAUCUUAUUGUUGUUAAUGACCAUGUUCCUACGGACCGGGUUGACGGCUAUCGUCGGUUUUGAAGCAGUGGAAAACCAUUUACUUAUGAAAUUAGGUAUGAACCGAAGACCCGUGGCAGACAAGAACGUUAGGAUACCGUCUGCGACGAUGAAACUUUACAGAGCGAUGCUGGAAGAAAACACGAUGACAACUCAUUUUCCUCUUCCCGGUUUGCACACGUCGUCGGCCAACACUGUUAGGACUUAUCCCGACCAAGGUUCGGUUCCGAGCAAUCCAAAGUCUCAGAGGUACCGACUGCAGUUCGACAUAAGCGCUCUGCCGGAACGGGAGCGAGUCAAAGCGGCCGAAGUCCGUAUUACGAUGUCGUUCGAUUCGGAACGUCGACGCGACGACGAAUUCGUCCACAUACUAGUGCACGAUAUUGUGAAACCAGGCGCGAGAGGCCUGUCGAAACCUACGCUCAGACUUAUGGAUUCGAAAUCGUUACGUUUAUCGUCUUCGACGUCAGAAUCGCAGGAAAUCAGUUUUGACGUGACGCCCGCCAUGGAAAGGCUGUCCGAGACGAACUUCGACGAGAAUCACGGCGUGCUCAUUGAAUGCGUUACGGUGUCCGGUAGUCGGACGCGGUUAAUCGACGUGUUCGAUUUCCGUUCAUCUGCAAAACCGUUAUUAAUGGUCUACACCGAUGACGGAACAAGCCAGAGGAAUGCUUUAGCGGACGUGACGCGACGCACCAAGAGGUCGGCGGACGAGCCGAAGAAGAAACCGAAGAAGAAGAAAAUCUGUCAGAGGCUGCCACUGUACGUGGACUUCAGAGACGUGGGGUUCAGCGAUUGGAUCCACGCGCCGCAGGGCUACGACGCGUAUUACUGCCACGGCGAGUGCACGUUCCCGCUGGCCAACCACAUGAACGCGUCCAACCACGCGGUCAUGCAGACACUGAUGAACUCCAUCAACCCGUUGGCGGUGCCCAAGGCGUGCUGCAUACCCACCAAAUUGAGGCCGGAGACGUUGCUGUACGUGGACGACGACCAGAAACUGGUGAUGAAGACCUAUCCGGACAUGGUGGUCGACGAGUGCGGGUGCAGAUAAGACCGGCCGCCGGUGCGUACCAGUGGAACGCGAUCGGGCACCGCGGCGGUUUGCGAGACACGACCGCUACGGUCGACCUGCGCGUGUGUUUGUUACGGUUUGAAAUCGAAGUUUUCCAAAAAAUUGUCAAAACCCUAUUUCUCGGGACAAUGCGGUGUUAUUGAUUACCGCCGCGGUUAACCGGACCGAGUGACGUCGGUGACGGACUCUAGGUGACCACGUCUGAAUUAUAGUGAUAUGCGUGUGUGCGAACUGUACUGCCAACGGUAACACGUUGUGCAAAUAUUAGCCCUGCGUGCCAGUGUUCAUGAAAUGUAAAUAAUAAAAAAAAAAAAAACAUAACGUGUCAACGCUUAUAAUGUUAUCAUCAAAAAUAUAACGUAAAUAUAAAUAUUACAUAUCUAGUCUAAACAAACACAAUAGGUAUGUUCCGACGCUGAUUAUUGUAAUGCGAUCUUCCGCGAGGAUAUUGCUUUAUAAAAUCAUGAUAACGAAAACCCAAUUUUGUACUUGUUACUAUUCCUACUGUUUAAAUUAUUUAUUUAUAUUUUGUUUUCGUUGUUGUUUUAUUA